UAUGAAGCGCGCUACAAGCUUCUAAACAUUUCAACGUCAAUUCGUUUGAUGAGGUUCAAACUAAAUUCUUACAGGAACUAUCCAGCACAUUAAGAUACGAGCAGCACUCAGAAAGCAUGUCUCUAGACGUAAAGCAAAAGAAAGAGGUACGUCUGGUGUUCAUGGGAGCUGCCGGCGUGGGCAAAACAGCUCUGAUCCAGCGCUUCUUGCAGGAUCGGUUCGAACCAAAGCACCGGCGCACCGUGGAGGAGCUCCACAGCAUGGAGUAUGAGGUGGCUGGCAUCAAGGUGACUGUGCACAUCAUGGAUACGAGCGGCAGCUAUUCGUUCCCAGCUAUGCGCAAGCUCUCCAUUCAGAAUGGUGAUGUCUUCGCCCUGGUCUACUCCGUGGAUGACCCCGAGUCACUUGAAGCCGUCAAGAGUCUGCGCAAGGAGAUCCUGGAGAUCAAGGAGGACAAGUUCACACCAGUGGUGGUGGUGGGAAACAAAACAGACUGUAAGGGCGACAGAAGGGUAAAUGCCGAAGAUGUUGUUGCCACCAUGGAGCUGGAUUGGAACAAUUGCUUCUUGGAAGCCUCAGCUAAAGACAAUGACAACGUGCUAGAGGUGUUCAGAGAGCUGCUGCAGCAGGCCAAUGUGCCAAGUCGCCUGAGCCCAGCACUGAGGCGUCGCAGAGAGACCUUCCCCAAGCACACAGGAGCACGGCCACCCAUGAACAAGACCAACAGCUGCACUAUGGCCUAAAGUUCAUAGGACAAAUGGGGAGGAUCCACUGGAAACUCCUCACAACAUUUGAACCCUUUCAAACACAGCAUCAUUGUUAUUAUCUCAGAACUGACAAUGGACAAGGUGGAAACGGCUGAUAAGAAGGGAAGGGGAGUUAAAGGACAAAACAGUCAACCCUCAAAAUGUGAGGGAAAUGCAGGAACUGCUCAUUGUUUGAAAAGAACAUGCCAAACUUCAUAGCAAGUCUUUUCAAACAUAAGUUGCACUGAACUUGUGAAGCUCUGCUGAAAGCUCAAUGUCAAGUGUUAACCUGAUGCAAGUGGACUCUGGUGGAGAAGCUUUUAAAAAUAUUCUGCAGAAAAUUAUAAACAGGUUGUGUGGACUGUAGUGUUAACAUCAAAUCUAUUAAAAUCCAUUUUGUUUUGAAGGUUGCCUGUAUAAAAUGUGCAUUGGUUUAUAGACCAUCAUUGCAACAACGUACUGAAACAUGUUCCUGGUUAAGUCUACAUCUUCUAAAUAAUAAUAAUAAUAAUAAUAAUAAUAAUAAUAAUUAAAUAAAGUAAAAAUCCAUGAAUGUAAUGAAACUCAUGUAAUUUUAAUAUUCUAGAGUUAUGUUACACUUUUUUUUUAUGUUUUGUUACUGCAUGAAACAUUUAAUAAAUAUUUAAGUGAUCAAAUGUCUUACUGAUGACUUAAAAUCAAUGAAACACCGCUGGAAAACACUUAUACCAUUACUGUAUCUAUAAUUAUGCAAGAGUUAAUUAUUUGAUAGAGU